AUGCGCUACGAGGCCGCCAUCGAAGACGUCCAGAACGUCGCGGACACGUUCUUCGCCUUCCAGUGCCACGCCGCGGGCGCGAACAAGUGCGUUCUCUACGAGAGCACGCCCGCCAAGAUUCGCGACCGCUUCUACGCCAUCCUGGACGCCGCGCUCGCCGAACAGCUCUUCGAGGCGAAUCACCGCCCAACAUACACCUUCCCCGUCGUCGCCGACACCUACCGCGCAUUCGAGACCGGGAACGCCACCGCGCUCCGCGCCCUCGCGCCCUCGGUCGCCGGUCUCCCUGACCGCGUGCGAGUGCGCCGCGGCGGCCGCGGCGGCGAACAAGGCGCGCUGGGCGGUGGAGUCUGGUGGAGUGCGCGGACGGGGACGCGCACGCGUGAGCACAACGCGACCGCGUCCGCGCGCGUUUGGGACGCCCUCGUCGAGACCCCGCCGCUGCUCGCACCCGUGUGGGGCACGUCGUGGGUCCAGGAGAGACUGACGGCGCCGGUCGCGGCGGAGCGCGCCGCGCACCCGCUGCUGUUGCUGUCGAGCGGGUUCAAACCGGUAACGCCGCCCGCGCAGGCGAAGAGGACGAUGUUAGAAGUCGGCGGCUCGGUCGAGGUCGGACGAGGGGGUAAAGGCAAUCGAUACGACGCGGUUGGUCCCUAUGGGCACCGGGAGGCGAGUACAGACGGACGCGGGAGAGAACGAGGUGGUGGUGAAGGGCAAACGCGUGAGGCGAGUGCGGGACGAGGGACGAUGGCUAUCUACACGAUGGCUAAGCACAAAUUCCAACAGACGAGGGCGCGCUUCGGGGGCGCGGGGCUGUUAACUGGUGCAGGAGAGCGCGGGGCACUGUUCAACGAGCAGCCCGUCGGUAUGCGCGGCGAAGGUGGUAAGGCGGUACUUUGA